AUGGCGGAUGACUCUCGAUUGAGGGUUAUUCAACCGAAAAGCACUGGCCGGAGCGGAUUCGGCGGCUCUCUGUGCACGACUGUCUCAUCGCCUACCCCGUCUACUACACCCCCGCAACGGAACGGCCGCGAAGCGGAACGUGCACAUGGACACAAGAGCUCAACUCGCGAACCUUCUGACCUGGUUAGUUCGCGUUUCACUAAGGAACUGUUCCAAGGAGAGCACGGUGCGACGAAAACUGACAGCAAACUCGGCCCGGGCGCGCGGCGGGCCGAAGUCAAGAGGAGCGGAAGAAGGAUGCCUCCGCGCCCGACUGCUGCAGGCUCAGGCGGAUCAGAGGAGGCGCAGGAAGCUUCAAUGUCAACCAAACAGACGGUAUGUGAGCAUGUGUCUUGCUCUCCGGACUCGGAGGGAAGCAGUACAGUUCAUGCAGCAGACAUACUGAAGGCGGUGGCAGAUCGCUUGUCCCCAUUGGCUGCAGCCCCGCUCGGCUCGAGUAUGCUUCCGGAGCAUCACGAGUGUUCCGACAGCGUCAGAGAGAUGACAACGUCGUUGAAGUGUCCUGAAGAGAAACUCCGUCUCAGCGACAAACGAGGAGGUCCAGGCAUAAAAGACAUUUCACCGAUUUCCCGUCUUUCCUCAAGAAGCACGGUGUGGCACCAGAGUGAUGUGCUCAACCGCGACUUCCGCUCGUUUUCGAGUGUUGGAUUUGAACCGGAGGACCUCCUGCAAAGAGUUGUAUCCGUGUCUGGAGAAUCGGAUGAUCCAAAAGACAAGGAACGCUUCUCUGCCGCCGCUGAGAAAUCUGUUGACGGAAUUUUCGGCGAUUCGAUCAUUGGCGGCGACACCGGAUACUUUGCGCGGCACAGCCAAAAAACAGCCCCUGAGUCGGUCGGCAGCAGGUGUAACGAGUCGAGCCGCGAAAUGCCCGUGAAUGUUCUUUCGUUGCACGAGAGGCAGGGGGACGACGCGUCGUUUGCUGGGGACAGUGGUGACCGAGAUGCCGGAAACGGUCGCCGUCCGAGUAAUCCGUCCUCGCUUCGCGCUCUCGCCAGCGCCGGUUCGGAGGCAGUCCUGGUUGGCCUCGGCGACAGCGUCCGCGGAUGGCGAGGGCCUGAUCGUUUCCCUCAAACGGAUUGUAUCCUCCGGCGACCCGUUAGUGUCGGUGGAAUGGACCAUGGUCGGAGCCCGAGGGAUUCGCUGGCCGCUAACGAAGCCUCGUUGAAGGCGCCGAACGGCACGAGUCCCUCUCACGCUGACCAUCUGAGCUCGAUCCUGCGCAGUCGGUUCGCGCAGCAACUCGCUCUUCAACAGCUUCAAGAGGAAGACCACCCGUGGUGGCGCCCCGAGAGAACGCCGCAUCUUCGGUCGAGCUCCCGCGCUGCGGAAUGCCAUUCGGCGAGUGGCGUCGGCGCAGCUUCGUGGAUGUCACGUGCCGGCAGACACGAGGAGGCGGUGAAGCCGAAAAGGGCUGUGGGCCUCGAGUCUUCGGAAACGGUAACCAGCAUUUCCAGCGCGAGUCGCCGGCGACAACGAUCGUCGCCUGUGGAGGGCUCUUUCUUUUCCGAUUCCGGCGAAGCGGAUGCAGUGGGGGAAAGCGAUGACAGUGGCGCUGCGGAUGCGCAUCUCCGUGGUGCGAAGCGGCAACGAUGGGACUCCGAGGAAGAGGACGAGGAAGACGCAGAAGAAGUCAACGGCCCCGUCAACGACCCCGGAGAAGAGACGAGAGUCCAGCUUGUGCGCGAAGCGCGAAAGUUCCCGCCUUUCCGGGGCGUCUACUUUGACACCCGACGGGGCAAUCUGUCUUGGCGGUGUAGCUGGAAGGUGCACGGGAAGAAGAGGAGCCGCAGCUGGAGUGUAAUGAAGUUCGGCAUGGCACGCGCCCGGGCGAAGGCCAUUGCCGAGCGGAUAAAACAUGCGCCGCCUGCCUACUCACAGAGUCCGCUGUCAUCGAUGAACUCUCAAACAGGUAGCGAGGCCAGCCCGUCUUUACACGCUUCGCCACUGCUUCCAGCUCUCAUGCGUUCUUCCCGAGGAGUCCGGCCAGGUGCGCCACACGCCUCCGGCGUCUCUCCCUCGUCGCGGUCUCACGGUGCCUCACCUGCAGCAGGCCUUGGAGCCUCGCCGCUGCAUCAGGAACCUGUGGGAAGCUGCUCACAGUCGUCGUUGCAGGCGUCCCGCAGUAACCAACUUGGUGCGGAGGAGGAACUUACCUGUGGGAAAAGGUCUGUCGGGAGGAUGCCCGGCGGAACGCGAGAGAGGACGCUGCAUUCGGAAGACCACGAAGACGACGGCGAGCCGUUGACUGCAGUGCUUCGACGAGUCUUGUCCAUGAAAGAGUCACAGAGCCGCAGCCUCGAGGAAAGCCAAGCAAAAGUGUCGAAACGGCCUUGCCAUGCACACGCAUGCAUGUAUGGACGACCAGACUCUUCAGACGGGCCCCGUGAAGAACAGAAUGCACUGUCAAAAGCAGACCUUUCUUCCAUCCUUAAGAGUUGCAGCUCACCAUUCGGCGCACGCAGGGUCAGCGUUCGAGACGUUGCAGAGCCACCGUGUAGGUGUGCUCAUUCUUCGCCGCAGGUGGCGAAUGGCGAUGGAGAUCUGAGUCAGCUGCUGAACCAAACGGCUGCUGCGUGCUGCUCUCUGCCCGGCUAUAAUUCUCUUUCGCCGGAGGGAGAAAAACCAUCCGUCAACGGAGUCCUUCACUGUCUCAGAGAGAACUCGCGGGUAGCCACGCUGCUGGCUCAUCGUUCUCCUGUGAAUCCGUCAUCGCUGAGCGAUCUAGCUGGCGACGACACAGUGCUGGCGACUCCAGAGGAUCUGCACAGGGCUGUGGCUUUGUUGGAAAGAGCGCCUCUGAGCGGAAACCCAGACGGGGACUUUUUGCCUUUCGGGCAAAACCUUAGGAACCGGGCGUCGAUGGAUUUCCGUCGAACUCGGGAUGACGCGUUCGACGAAGAAGCGUGCGAGGGAACGCGGCUGGAGACUCCCACAUUGGUCCCGGUUGUCGGAGACGCGUGCCUCGAUGACAAGUGCUCAGACGAAGUCGUCAAGGAACCGAAAUGUGAAGGCCUCAAGGGCAGAGCUGAAGGAGGUCUGAGCGUCCCCGAGAAAGAAACCGAGUUCCCGUCUGCGCACGCAGGUGCCGAUUCCUUGGCAGGUGCGUCCACAACUACGUCGGCUGAUGAGAGAAGCAAGCUGGCUCUUGGCGCAGGACCAGAAAGCAGCCCCUGGUGUCCUGCUCAAAUUCCCGUGCGAUCCGCGGAAGCCCUCCUGCGACGCGUUGUUUCUGCAGCCACAGCUGCAAGUGCUGGGAGGGACAAGGCAGAACAAGAACCCACCCAGGGCAACCCAGCAGGGACGGUGACUCGGGAAUCUCCGGACGCGGACGACAGCGGCAGUGGCGGGGAUAUCAGCACAAGCAUAAACCCGCAAUUAUGUAACGAGAUCGAGUGUACGGGGAACGGAUUGCGAGCAGCGAGUGCCGCAGCGCCAGAAAGGCCUACUACCGACGCCACGGGAACUUGCCGCGAAGUGGGAUUUGUUGUUGAUUCCGCGUCUGAUAAGAUGGAUCCCAGUGCUAACGCGGAAUCUGCGGGGCUGGGAGAAGCGGCUGCGCCUGGUGCUCGAGAGGGACGUUCCAGUGCGUAUCCGGGUGGGGGGGGGCUGACGCCGACGACUUCUGAAAGGCUCACCAAAGACGCUAGUGGCCAAAGUACGGUCUUGGUACAUCGGGCUCGCGUUCUAGAGGUUCUACAGAAUCUCAAGGAAUUCAGUCUCCCUCUAGCUAGUAAAGGACAGUGUCAAACAAUUCAGUGCGCUUCGGCGUCGCUUGUAUUGCUUACGGGUUCUGCGGCAAAGGACGGGCGCGCCGGGGAAAAGGGAUCUUUCUCCAGUCGACAUGGCGAUUUGCAGUUCACAGCGUGGUGUUCCGGAGCACUUGACGACCUUGCGGCUGCUGCACGGACAGGCGACGUGAGGCAACUGGAACCUCUCACAGUGCUACUUGGUGGCUGUCUUGCCGAGCUCCGUCUGCCCGCGUCGCUGUCCGAGUCGGAGCAGCUCGCUUUGCUGGCGUCGGUCAUGACGUACUAUUGCAACCGCUUUGACUGCUCCCGCGGAAAUCAAGAGGUCGUUUCCCCGUCCGUAGCGGACGCGGCGGCGUAA